AAAUACCAAAUACCUUGGUCGAAAUGAUCGAGACAUCGUUACUCUUCUCGUUUGCCUGCAGCAAAAGUGGAUUUCAUGCUAGGAAUGAACACUGUCCUCAAUGAGAAACCAGUUUGAUACAUUUGGCUAGCCUCGUCUCUUUCCCAGAGUCAUUCUUCGCUCUCAAUCGAAUUUGUGCUUGAAACCUUCCAGACUGUGUCAGCUCCUUAUAAUGUCUGGUGCACGGCAAUCGUUUCCUGAUCCCAUUUCAUCACAUGUUUUGGAUACCUCAGCAGGAGUGCCAGGAAGAGAUAUUCCUAUUUCAUUGUGGAAGCUCAACCAACAAGAUGGGAAGUGGUUGGUAGUGGGCAACAGACAAAGUACCAACAAUGAUGGACGUGCAUCUGCUUUCUUGACCUGGGAUGAUUUUACCAUCGGCGUUUACAAGGCUCAUUUUGAAGUGGCUCCUUAUUUUCAAGGCAAAAACCAAGAAUCGUUCUUUCCAUUUUGUGAGAUUGUGUUCGAAGUCAAAAAUGCUGAUCAGCAUUACCACAUUCCUCUCUUGUUGAGUCCGUUUAGUUACACUACCUACCGUGGCAGCUAAAAAAAACACCCUUGUAUUAGAUUUGAGUAAUGGAAAUAAAAAGCCUGGGCCAUUCCAA